AUGAGUGAAAAUAUUUUUAAAAAAGAUUUACCGAAGCAAAAAAAAAACCGAUUUGAAUUUAAUUUUCAAGGCAAAGAAGUAAUAUUCGAAGUUGACCAACUAGCCAGCAAAAGUGAUAAAUCUAUUCUCUGCCGUUAUGGUAAUACUACUGUUCUGACAGUUUUAACCAUUAAACAACUGACAAAAAACGUUAAUUCUUUUUUCCCCUUAACUAUUACUUUCGAAGAGAAAUUUUAUGCGGUCGGAAGAAUUCCGAAUGCUUUUACUAAACGAGAAGGCAGACCCAGUUAUGAUGCCAUUACAGCAGCUCGAUUAAUCGACCGCUCUUUACGGAUUUGCUUUUUAUCUCCCUCUCUGCCUUAUUUCCAUACUCCCUUAGCAGCAGUGAUUAUUAGCCAAGAAGAAAACAAUUUUGUUUGUAAUUCUAGCAACCAAAAACUAAACAAUUCUCCUUUGGAACUAAUUGUUAGUGCCACAGAGGAAAAAAUUGUUAUGCUUGAAGCAGGAGCACAAGAAAUAAGUAAUGAAGAAUUAUCAAAAGCAAUAAAUUUCGCCCAUCAACAAAUUCAGUUGCUAAUUGGUUUUUUUCAGCAUAUUGCUAAUAAUUUAGGAAUUAAGAAAAAAGGAGCAGAAAAAACAGAAGAGUUAGAUAUCAAAGAUUUAACCAAAGAAUACUAUGAAAAAAAUUCCCAGUUAGAAGAAGCCUUUAUCAAGGAUGGUCGAAAAGAAAACAAAAUUCGUCCCUUGGAAAUCCAGAUUGAUUAUUUGCCUAAUGUUCAUGGAAGUGCGGUAUUUUCUCGGGGAGAGACCAAAGUCCUUUCCAUAGUAACCAUUGGCAAAAUCAGUGAAAAACAACUAAUUGAUAAUAUUUUCUCUCGCUCUUAUAAAUAUUUUAUCCACCAUUAUAAUUUUCCUCCUUUUUCGGUCAACGAAAUCGCCAGUUAUCGUAGUGUUUCACGUCGAGAAAUCGGUCAUGGUGAAUUAGUGGAAAAAUCUUUUGACUAUUUAAUCCCCCAAAGCAGUAUUUUUCCUUACACCAUAAGGGUAGUUUCGGAAGUUCUCUCCUCGGAUGGUUCUUCUUCGCAAGCCUCAAUUUGCGCGACCUCUUUGUCUUUAAUGAGUGCCGGAGUUCCUUUAAUUAGACCAGUUGCCGGAAUAGCCUUAGGGCUAUUUGAAGGUCAAAUUUAUACUGACAUUAAUGGUUUAGAAGAUAAGUUGGGAGAAAUGGAUUUUAAAAUUGCUGGUACCGAAAAAGGUAUCUGUUCGAUACAAUUAGACGUCAAAAAUCACGGAAUUAGCCUUGAACUAUUAAAGGAUUGUUUAGAAAAAGCCCGCCAAGCCCGCCUCUAUUUGAUAGAGGAAAUGAAAAAAUAUAUUUUUCAUCCUCGUCGAACUUUGUCAGCACAGGUUAUUAAAUGCCGACGAUUUUAUGUCGGAGCGGAAAAAAUUGGAUUAGUUAUUGGACCCCGCGGUAAAACUAUUAACCAAUUAACCGAAAAAAGCGGUGCCACUAUUGAGGUUCAAAACGACGGCUACAUAUUAAUCUAUCACCAAGAAGAAGCAGAAUUAGAAGCAACCUAUCAAGCCAUUCAAAAUAUAAUCAGAGGAAGUGUAAGGAUUAACAAUGAAGAAACUAAUUUGACCCUUGAUUUUAUCCAAAAAAGUAAACAAAUAUUCCAACCCUACCUUAAAAGACUGGAUGUGGUGGAGAAAAGUUUUGGAGGAAAAAUUGAAGGGCGGGGUAAACCCGAAAUGAAGUUCGAUUACUUAUUUACUAAAUCAGCCCUCGAUAGGAAUUAUUGUAAGGCAGUAGUUAAGCCGACUAUCGCCGAGGUUUUGGGAGGAAACCCUAACCAAGAAAUUAACACUACCAAUGUUGCCCUCCAAUCUCUCUGUCGAGCCUUAACCAUUAAAGAAAAAGAAUUAGGAGGAGAUAAUUUACCACCCGAACCUAAUACUAAAAUUUGCGCUACUUGCAAUAAGGAUAUUUCUAAUCAAGAAACGACUUUCAACAGAGAUAAAGAUUCCGAACAUGAAAAGAGAUAUUUUUGUUCUGCUGAAUGUCUCACAAAAAGUUACCAUAAAAAAUCCCCCAAUACUUCCAACCAAAACCAAAAUAAAGGAAUGUCAACUGGCUUAAAGACAUUUUCAUUUUGGGGAUAUCCAGCCGUAAAAAUAACUGCUAAAUGGUAA